UGUGAUAAUGACAAAAGUUUUCCAGCUAUCCACAAAGAGAGAGAGAGAGAGAGAGAGAGAGAGAGAGAGAGAGAGAGAAGAGAGAGAGAGAGAGAGAGAGAGAGAGAGAGAGAGAGAGAGAGAGAGAGAGGUAACUAGAAUCUAUUUAAUCGAAUGUUCAAUGUGGCAUGGGAGACCAACAGAAGAAUGCACAUCACAUAUGUCAUGCAAACAUUAAAAAGUGCAAAGAAUAUGAAUGAGAAC